AUGAAACAAUACUUAGGAUUUACUGGUGAUAAAUUAAUUAAUUGUAUUUUGGCAGCCUCUACUACCGGAUUCCUCCUUUUCGGUUACGAUCAAGGUGUGAUGUCCGGUAUCAUUGGUAACAAGGUUUUCAAUGCCGAUUUCCCUGCUACCAAGAUGGCCAACAAUGAUGAUGUUUACCAUUCUACCAUUCAAGGUACCGUGACAGCCGUCUAUGAAGUUGGUUGUUUGAUUGGUGCUCUCUUUGCCCUUUUCUUUGGUGAUAGGCUUGGUAGAAGAAAGGUUAUUAUUCUUGGAGGGCUCAUCAUGAUGAUUGGUACUCUUAUUAUGAUUACUUCUAUGACUGGUCAUCUUCCUCUUGUCCAAUUUAUUGUUGGUCGUGUUAUCUGUGGUGUUGGUAAUGGUAUGAACACUUCCACCAUUCCUUCAUGGCAAGCCGAGACUUCCAAGUCUCACAACAGAGGUGCUCAUGUUUGUUUUGAAGCAUCUAUGAUUGCCAUUGGUACUGUCAUUGCUUACUGGAUCGAUUUCGGUUUAGAUUUUGUUGAUUCUUCUGUUGCUUGGAGAUUCCCAAUUGCCUUCCAAAUUGUGUUUUCUGUCAUUUUGAUGGGUCUUGUCUUUGUUCUUCCAGAAUCUCCAAGAUGGUUAUUAACUCAACAUAAGGAAGCAGAAGCUUUGGCUGUUAUGGCUGCUUUGAACGGCAGCACUAUUGAAGACCCAGAAACCAUUGCUCAAAAGGAAGCCAUCUAUGAAUCUAUUAGACAAAACUCUCAAAAGGUUACUAACAGAGAAUUACUUGACCGUGGUAGAUCCAAGAACUUGAGAAGAACUCUUAUUGGUGCCUCUGCUCAAAUCUUCCAACAAUUGGGUGGUUGUAACGCCGUUAUUUACUACGCCCCAGUUUUGUAUGAACAAUCUUUAGGUAUGACAAGAUUAAUGUCUAUGAUUUUAUCUGGUGUUACCAUCAUUGUCUAUGCUCUUUUCGCUCUUUCUUCCUUUUGGUUGGUUGAAAAAGUUGGUCGUCGUCCAUUAUUCUUGUGGGGUGCCGUUGGUCAAUGUGUUUCCAUGGUUAUUACCUUUGGUUGUUUGAUUCCAGACACCAAGGCAACUGCCAAUGGUGCUGUUCUUGGCUUAUUCAUGUUCCUUUCUUUCUUUGGUGCCACUUGGUUAUCCCUCCCAUGGUUAUACCCAGCUGAAUUGUCUCCAUUGAAGAUUAGAACCAAGGCCAACGCUAUUUCCACUUCUUCUAACUGGUUAUUCAACUUCUUCGUCGUUCAGGUUACUCCAGUUAUGGUUGCUUCAAUUCAUUGGGGUACCUACUUGUUUUUCGCCAUCUUGAAUGGUUUAUUCGUACCAAUUGUUUACUUCUACUACCCAGAAACUAAGGGUAGAUCCUUGGAAGAAUUGGACGUUAUCUUUGCUAAAUCCCAUGUUGGAGGCAAGGCUCCUGUGCAAGUGGCUAAGGACGAACCAUUUAUGGAACAUCAUGAAAUUUUGGAAGCUAUCAGACAGUUAGAAUUAGAUGAAAAGGCCGAACAAGGUGAUUUAGAAAAUGCACAUGCUGAUGCCGCAGCUACUGUUGAUCCAGAAGCCACUGCUCAAGGUUCUCUUAUGGAAAAGGAAUCUGGAGCUUCCCGUUAA